CCUAACUCCGAAGUCUCCUAUAAAUCGUAGGUCUGCGCUACGCUAUUGCUGCUCGUUUCGACUACCCCAGCCAACGUGUCAUCUGCGAAGGUCGAACACGAUCGGAGACUCUGAACACCAUCUACCAAUGGUUCCUCCCAAACCAGGCUGAAGGUCGGAUGUCCGAGACCGUUCUACAGCCACCGAGAGCAGAUGCGCGGCUGUUUUUGCUCAGCGGGCAGGCUGGAACAGGCAAGUCGACCAUCGCACAGACUGUGGCGGCAUGGUGCUCGGAACGCGUGUGCCUUGGCGCGAGCUUCUUCUGUUCUAGGGACAAUCGAGAGUGUAGUGAUGUCCAGAUGAUAUUUCCUACGAUUGCCUACCAGCUUGGUCUGUGGGAUCGCAGGUUCCAGGAGAAGGCCGCAGAGGUCUUGAAGCGGGACCCUGACAUACAGACAUCCCUUGUCUCUCGUCAGCUCAAGUGCCUGAUUGUUGACCCCCUACAGGAGCUGCCAACAUUCCCACAUUGUGCAGUCGUCAUCGAUGCGUUAGACGAAUGCAAGGACGAUGAGACGACGUCUCUAAUUGUUCGUGCCCUCUCCCAGCACGUCUCCGACCUGGCUCCCCUGAAGAUUUUCCUCACAAGCCGGCCCAUCCCAAACAUCACCUACGGCUUCCAGUCGACCGGCCUACUCAACGCGACGCAGCAUGUCAUUCUCCACGAAGUGCCACCAGCUACCACAGAGCGUGACAUCGGCAUCUUCCUGCAGGAGAAGAUAGCUAGCAUCCGACAGAGAUACAACUUGGGCAGUUCGUGGCCUUCCGCAGGCCAGGUGCCACAGCUAGUCGGGUCUUCGCACAGACUGUUCAUAUACGCAUCUACCGCGAUACGCUUUAUCGAGGACGUCAAUGCUUGCGACCCGAAAGGCCGUCUCCGAUUACUGCUUGAGGGCCAAGGGACAACAGCUAACGAGCGAACGGCUUUCGAUCGGCUGGACGAGCUGUAUCUCCAGGUUUUGAAGAGUGCACAUCCGAACGUCACUCGAGAGCUCAAAUCGAGACUGAAGAAUGUGCUGGGUACCCUCGCCCUCAUCCGUGACCGCCUUUCGCCGAACGCCAUCGACACACUCAUGCUCCUCGAGCCUGGAACAGUUCGAACUACACUCGCGCAUCUCUACUCAGUUGUCAUGGUUCCGGACGACGAGGAUGCCGUCAUCAGCCUCAUCCACCCUUCGUUCCAAGACUUCCUCACCAACGCAAACCGAUGUCGUGACCCCGAUUUAUUGGUCAAUCCGGCGAUCCAGCAUGGGCUUAUUGCUCGACGCUGCCUCGAUACCAUGAUUAGCGGGUUGCAGAUGGACAUCUGCAAUAUCGAACAGAGCGUGCCGAACUCGGAGGUGCCUCAACUUUCAGACCUCGUAGCGAUACACAUUCCUCCACCCCUGCGAUACGCUUGUCUUUACUGGGCACACCACGCCUCCAGUAGCGAAAUCGACAGCGAACUCUGUUCCCUGCUCACUGAGUUCGGUGAGAGCCACUUGCUGAAUUGGCUGGAGGCUCUGAGCCUGCUUGGAGAGCUAAGCGGAGCGGUUUCAGUAAUGGAAAAACUCCGGGAGAGAUUACUGGAAUCACCUAUCGCACAUUUUGAUAUCAUCACACUAUUAUAUGAUUGCCAACGAGCCGUACAGCAGUCAUUCUUAGGCCUUAGUAUCUCUUGUCUCCAAGCACAUUUCGGAAUCAUCCCGUUCUGUCCCACUUCCAGUAAACUUAGGGAAUACUACGCUGGGCAAGCAAUCAACGUGCCGAGGGUGAUCAGCGGAUUCCAGCAGCGUUGGCAUGCCUGCACCCUCAGCAUUGAAGGCCAUCUGCGACGGGUAUUGGGCGUUUGCUUCUCACCUGAUGGCCGACGCGUUGUCUCCGUAUCCCAAGACGGGACGGUUAGGCUAUGGGACGCUGUUACAGGCUCUCAUCUGCACACGUUGGCAGGACAUCUGGAAGCAGCUGUAUGUGUGGCAUUUUCGCCCAAUGGCAGGUACAUCGCUUCAGGCUCCGCGGAUCGGACCGUCAUCAUCUGGGACGCUGUUACUGGCGGACGACUCUACACGCUGAAAGGUCACGCCAGUUGGAUCAGGACUAUAGAUAUCUCCCCAGAUAGUGGAGUUCUCGCCUCGGGCUCCAACGACCACUCAGUACAACUCUGGAACCUCAGCAAUGGACUUGGCUCGUCCAGAACCCUGUCCCCGGCACACAAUUCCGCGAUCACAAAUGUCAGAUUUUCCCGGUCUGGAAAGCUGCUGGUUUCCGGCAGUGUAGACGGUGCAUGCAAAGUCUGGAAAUCGGGUGCUUGGACCUGCCGCACACAAUUCGACCAUCCCGAACACCUUCCUAUAUCAUCCGUCGCCAUCUCACCCGAUGAUACCAUUUACGCCGCGGGACUCGGAAACGGAGCUAUGACUAUCCUUUUGCGUUCUACUAGCGACGACCACUGGUCACACACUCUCCAAGGCCACACAUCCAAAGUGUGGGCUCUUGACUUCUCUCCGGAUGGCUCCACACUGGCUUCCGGCUCGCACGACCACACCAUCAUUCUAUGGAAUAUAGCGAGCCGAUCUGUCCUCUACACCCUGAGAGGGCAUUCCGACCCAGUGUACAGCGUCAGAUACUCCCCUGGUGGCCAGCGGAUGGCCAGCUGUGGCAAAGAGCACAAUGUCCGCAUCUGGGACCUAUCUUAUUUGCUGACCAAGGGGGAACAGAAGCCUACAGGCGAGAUGGAAAAUUUGACACAGGAUAGCGGAUCAGGCUUGUACGAGAACGCUGCAGUUGAUAUUCGCCAUUCUUCCGUUGUACGUUCGGCGACGUUUUCGCCAAGCGGGCGCAUUCUCGCCACCGGCUCUCGCGACAGCACGAUCCGUCUAUGGGAUACCACUAACGGUACUCUGUUGCAAGUCCUCGAAGGCCAUCAAGGCGUUGUCUCGUAUCUGACAUUCUCGCCCGACGGAGAGAAGCUGCUCUCAUCAGAGGCCAUGGCCGACUUCGAUAGAGCUGCCAGCCCUCGUCUGUGGGACGUGAAGAGUGGUCGUUGCGAACAGACGUUCACCGGGCAUAAUCGGGGCGUACGGAUGGCAAAGUUCUUUCCAGGAGGGAAACAUGUAGUCUCGUGUUCAUACGACGGCAGCGUCCGUGUUUGGGAAAUUGGCCAGCCGAGCACACGCAGCACAGUAUCGCAUAUCGUUUACCAACGGAGGAGCCGUAUAGUCUCCGUUUCCGUCUCUCCCGACGACAGCCUAAUCGCGUUUGGCUCCUCCGAAGAUGCGAACGACCAUAUACUCGGACUGGUCGGCCUGACGGCGCCACAGGCGACGGGCCACUUCAAGUUGGUGCCUUAUUCCCGUGCGUACGGCGUACCUACAGCUCUCGCGUUCUCCAAAGACGGCAGCCGUCUCCUGGUUGCCUCCAGUAAAAUACCAAGCAUCACGCUUUGGGACAUCCAAGCAACUAGUCGGGCCGGCUCGACGUUCGUCGACACCGUGCCUCACGCGACGUUCGUGUGUCACUAUUAUGGCGGAGACGCUGCGGAGAACGUCAGAUUCUCUCCUACAGAAAGAUUCUUCAUGACCGAUGCCAGCUUUGGUGCCAUCUCGCCGCAGCACCGGCCGCGCUCGGCCUUGCAAGACGAAAGUCUUGACCCGGCAGAGUACACAUUCUUCCUCGCCGACAGCUGGCUCUGGUACGCGUCUGCUAUCGAGAGACGGAGGUUAUGCUGGGUGCCGUCCUCCUAUCGACUCAUACGUUCACACGUGAUGACUUACCGAGGAAGUAUCGCAGUACACCGUAAUGAGAUAGCUUUUGGCACAGAAAGCGGUCGGGUCGUCAUUUUCGACAUGUCUCCUUGUCUGCCACAGACUCGCCGGGAGAUAAUAGGACGUAGUACGCCUGGUUGUGUACAUGGUCAUUAAUACUACGUCAUCCCUAGAACUUGUAACUUGUCACGCGUGUUGUGCACUUAGGGAUGCAGCAUAGUGUUGAGUCCUUUCCUCUACCGUGACGUGGCGGCGGCUGGAGCGAGUCACGGCGCGCUCAAGCUGCCGGUAUCUCUACUUGAACAUACAUCAUUAC